AUGGAAAAUGACACUACCCCACGUGAAUAUAUUAUAUAAAGCUCAGUACUUCAAUGAUACCAGGGAUGAAUUGGUCCACAUACUGCACUAAGACCUCUUUGACCGUUUAUUGUACGCUCCUAUGCCAACUCAUCAGACUCUUCUUCCCCUUUCUCUACGCUUGCCAAUGGGAUCCACAAUUCACCCAAGCCGCAAAUAUGUGAUGAGAACUAUCUCAAGUCUUCAGAUGCUCCUGUUUUAGCGAAGAUCAAUGAAUAUGCUUCAGUGCUGCAUAUCCAAUACUUUGUCAUCAGAGUCAUUCGACUCCACACACAUUAAUGUCAAACUCUAGUUUUCAUCCUCCAAUCCAAACACUUUCUCAUCCCAGCGACUGCAUUGUCUUCAUUCCCAUUUCCCAUGUCUUCUUCCACAGUUCUGCAACGUCUCAAAUCAUGGAAACUUCCUCCAUCUCUUUGCCUCAAAAUCUGUCUGUCCCUUUCCACCUUCGUCAUCGUCUUCUUCCUCGUCCACAAAGCUAAUCUUUACAAUCCUACUGCAGAAUUCAACUUCAGCCAUGCCGUUCGGCACUAUACCACGACCACCGCUUCUGUCGUGGGCGAUGGAGAACCCACCAAUAUCUCUCAUAUUCUAUUCGGCCUUGGUGGCUCCGGCAAGACCUGGCCCAAGCGACGGCCCUACGUCGAGCUUUAUUGGCAGCCUAAUGUUACCAGAGGCUUCGUGUGGAUGGACCAGAAGCCUCCAGAAAAUGAGACAUGGCCGGAGACUUCGCCGCCCUACAAAGUCUCCGCCGAUACAUCGUCCUUCAACUACACCUGCUGGUACGGUGACCGCUCCGCGAUUCGUCUCACGCGCAUCAUUAAGGAGAGCUUCGAACUUGGCUUGAAAAACGUGAGGUGGUUUGUCAUGGGUGAUGACGACACUUUGUUUUUCCCCGAGAAUUUAGUGACGGUAUUGGCCAAGUAUGACCACAACGAUUUGUACUAUAUAGGAGUCGAUUCGGAGAGUGUGGAGCAAGAUGUUACAUUCUCUUACAAGACCGCGUUCGGCGCCGGCGGAUACGCCAUCAGCUAUCCCCUGGCGGAGGAGCUUGUGCAGAUUCUAGACGGCUGCGUCAACCGGUACGCUCAGUUGUACGGAGGUGAUCAGAAGAUCCAAGCCUGCGUCAGUGAGAUUGGGGUUCAAACGACGAAAGAGCGUGGUUUUCAUCAGGUUGAUAUAAGAGGAAGUUCAUACGGCUUGCUCGCGGCGCACCCGGUGGCGCCGCUGGUGUCACUGCACCACAUCGAAGCAGUGGACCAACUGUUUCCGAGCUCGACCCGGGUUGAGUCAUACAAGAAGCUAGUGAAGGCGUAUAAAAUGGAUUCGGGUCGGAUCCUGCAACAGAGCAUCUGUUAUGACCUGCGACGGAACUGGUCCAUAUCGGUGUCGUGGGGCUACAGUGUACAGUUGUAUCCUUCAUUGUUGACGGCCAAAGAACUGGAAACGGCGUUGGGGACGUUUCAGACAUGGAACAGUUGGAGUGAUCAGCCAUUCGUGUUCAACAUCCGAUCCGUGAGCGACCCGUGCCGGAGGCCGGUGGUGUAUUUCAUGGAUCGGGUCGAGAGCGUGAGCAGAGAGGAGACCCGAUCCACGUACGUCAGAUAUGGGGACGUAUUGGAAAAGAAAUGUAAUGGAGAUAACUACACGGCGACCAUGCGGGUUGACUUUGUCAACAUCACUGCACCUCAGUUUUCUCAAGACCUGUGGAAUAAGGCGCCACGUAGACAAUUUUGCGAGGUGAUGAGUAACAGUAACGUUGGGGAGAGUACAGUAGAGAUCAAAGUCAGAGGUUGUCAUCGAUUCGAGAGUGUGACUCCACCAAAGUGAAAGUGGGAGGCAUCAAUGUCGGCCAAGAAAAUCGAUCAAUGAGGUAAUAUAAAAAAAAUAAAAUAAUUAUUAUUUCUAGUCAUUCAGACUGAAGACUGUCAAUUCAAUGACUCACGUGGCAUGGUAGAAUAGGCAUGAUGAACAAAUAUUUUAAAACUGAAGCAAGUGCACACUGGGCUAUGAAUGUUAGACACGUAUCUUAUUGCGUGCGAGUAUUCUGUUAUGAGUGUGAAUACUUGCAUGCAAGUGGCUGAGGGCUAUAUAUAUCCAGCCCAAACAUUAUUGUAUUGGACUCUUUGGUUUCAAUAUUUUUUGACUUUUCCAUGGGAUUGUGACGAUGUUCACAUGGUGCCAGAGCAUUGGUUCACUUUCCUUCGGC